AUGGUCGCACCACGGCAUCUGGGUUUGCUGAUUCCGUUGCUGGCAUGGCCCGGGCCGGCCGGUGCAGCAUCGCAGGUUCUGGCUGUUUAUUCAAACGCCUACGGCCAUGCUUUUGCAGCCGUACAAGAGAAUGGCGCUGUCAUCACCUGGGGCGAUCCUGCCUGCGGAGGUGAUUCUUCGUCAGCGAGCUCUUUGGCCUCUGGAGUUAAAAGCAUCUUUGCCACGGAGAGGGCAUUCGCAGCAUUGAAGGAUGAUGGAAGUGUCGUCGCAUGGGGGCAUGCCGGCUAUGGUGGCGACGCCUCUGCAGCAUCCGGCUCCUUGACCUCUGGUGUUGCUAACAUCUCUUCAACUUGGUACGCGUUCGCUGCCUUGAAAGGCGAUGGGAGUGUUGUUGCUUGGGGUUAUCGCGGCUAUGGUGGUGAUGCUUCUUCGGCGGCGAGCUCUUUAGCCUCCGGAGUGAGGAGGGUCUUCUCCACGCGAGCUGCGUUUGCUGCCUUGAAGGAAAAUGGGAGUGUCGUCACGUGGGGAGAUUCCGAGAACGGCGGUGAUUCUGCACUCGUGUCCCACUCUCUUUCCUCCGGGGUCACGAGCAUUGUCCCCACUUCCCAUACCUCCCAGCACUUCUUUGCGAGCUUUGCAGCUCAGAAAGACGAUGGAAGCGUCGUGACCUGGGGGUCCUCUAAGAGUGGUGGCAACUCUUCAGAAGUGUCGAGCUCUUUAGCCUCCGGGGUUACUGACAUCUUCUCGACUGCGAAAGCUUUCGCGGCAUUGAAAGCAGACGGGAGUGUUGUCUCUUGGGGCGAUUCCCAAGACGGUGGCGAUUCCUCCUCAGUGUCGAGCUCUUUGAUUUCUGGAGUGAAAACGAUCUUCUCCACUGACUCCGCGUUUGCGGCAUGGAAGCUGGAUGGAAGCAUUGUCACCUGGGGUCGUUUUGGCGGGGAUUCUUCAUCUGUCUCGAGUUCUUUGGCCUCUGGAGUAGUCAAUAUCUUCUCAAAUGAUUUCGCAUAUACGGCGCUGAGAGACGAUGGCAGUGUCGUGGCUUGGGGUUUCUCUGCCUAUGGCGGUGCGCCACCGUCGCACUUGCUAGCAUCGGGUGUUACAAACAUCUUCUGGAACACUGUUGCCUUCGCGGCAUUGAAGCUGGGUGUUCACGACUUUGUCGACUUCGACCACAUCGGUGAUUUUCACAACGACACCAACUACGUCCACUUUCGCCGAUGCCUCAGAUGGUUCGCCCUCCUUGUCCCUGGCAGUGCCUCCUGUAAGAGACUCGAGGCCGCAUCGACGACUUUCCCCCUCCUGGUCAGUCUGAUCUGCGAGGCGUGCAGCUGCUCACAAGUGAAAGAAGUGGAUGGGCUCGGUGAUGACUGGCUGGGCGAUCACUGGAUGGGGGAGUGUGCGUCCAUGUGUUGGGAUGCUGAGUCCAGCCACUUCCAAUACUCGCACACUGACUGGUGGAGACGUGACCGCGGCCUGUAUGUGAACCAAGAGCAGCAUGGCGACGAAGACUGGCAGUGGCAACGAGGCCCGCCAACGCGAGUCUACAGGACUCAGUAUCUUCGUGGGUUCCUCAAGGUCGAGAUGGAUGCCUGUGUGGCCACCAGAGCAUUCCCCCAGGCUGCAGAGCUGCCUGACGGUCUUGGCGCCACUCAGCUGAUCGCGAUUGCGCUGGUCUCUGCGGCCCUCCUGGCCGCCGCCCUGGCGUGGCUUUGGUUCCUACGAAAAAAGAAGUUUGCCGAUGGCCCGAGAACGCCCGGGCUUCCUGGGCCUUCCGGCAGCGGCGCGCUGCCUGCCCCGAUGACUGCGGCGGCCUCCGUGGAAGCGGGGAUCUCUGCGAGACACCUGCUACCUGUCAUGACUCUGGUUGACCUGGAUUUUCUCCUGUGCACUUUGCACAGCUUGACACACGUCGUGCUUCUGCGACUGACUGGCUACAAUGGGAAUGCAUUCCUUGCCUUAGCGGCUUUCUGGCAAGUUCCACUGUACGAGCUGGUCCGAUGCCUGAUUUUGUGGCAGCUGCUUUGCGCAUUCUGCUGGGGCGUUUUUGUCACGGUGGCUGCUGGAUUACACGACCUGGCGAUCGAGCUGGAGACAUUUCCCGGCGAGGCGCGUGCUGCAUCAGGUCUGGCGAAUCCCAACUUCUACGAGUUGAAGCCUCUGGCGAUGGGGCCCACUGGGAAGGGCUUUGGAAGGGUUUGCCCACGCGACGGGAGGCCGAACUGCAGCAUCGUGGAUGCGUUGCCCGCGCCGGACCGCGCCAAAGCCACUCAUUUUGUGUCCUGGUGCUGGCAAUAUACGCUUGAGGACGUCACAGACUGCCUUCAAACUUGGAUUCAAGAAUCCGGCGGUGCGGUUCUAUCCCAUGAUGUGUACCUGUGGAUGUGCUACUUUUGCAACAACCAAUACCGGAUUCUGGAAGAAGAAUCCACCACAGGGUCCGAGGAGCUCAAGUCGAUCUUUGAGAGUCAUCUGUCAAGCGCCGGGAGGAUGCUGGUGAUCUUGAACUCGUUCUUUGAGCCGGCGUACUUUUCAAGGGCUUGGUGCUUGUUUGAAACCUUUGUGUGCAUUGAGCAAGAGUUUCCUCGCACGAUUCUGCUGCCCAGCAGGCAGCGAGAGGAGUUUCGGCACGUGCUGGAGACGCAAGGCUACGCCCCAAUUAGAGAUCGAAUUCAGCAGAUCGACCUCCGAAGAGCAGAAGCCUCUGUAAAGGCCGAUGAAGAUACCAUCAAGCUGAUGGUCCUGGGAUCCUGCGGUUUUGACGUUGUGAACCAGGUCGUACAGCGCGAGAUUCAGAUCUGGCUCUCGGACGCCUUCAGAAGACUUCUAGGCGGCCAGUGA